AUGGCUUCCAAUAUGCUGAAUCUCGGCGGAGGCGCCCACACCCAGGACUCGUUGCCCUCCUUGCCGACUCAUCUUCAGUCCGAUACACACAUCACCGCUCAUCUCGCCAGUCGUUUCCACGUUGCUCAUCCCACAGCUCGACUAUCCUCACACGGCCUCGUCUGUCUCAACACUUACACCUCCUCGUCCAAGGGUCCCGAUGGCGGCAAAGAGGGAAGCGCCAUGGCUGGCGCCGAGGACAUGGCUGACCGUGCCUGGCUGAGACUUGGCCAUCGCUCCGAGAACCAAGCCGUCGUAUUCCUUGGUGAAUCAGGCUCGGGCAAGUCUACGAUCCGCUCACACCUCCUUACUGCCUUGCUCAACAAGUCGUCAACUCCUCUUUCCAGCAAGCUCUCUCUCGCCGCCUACGUCUUCGAUACCCUCACGACGACAAAGACCGCCACUACCCCCACUGCUUCCAAGUCCGGUCUCUUUUACGAGCUGCAAUACGACACUGCUUCCACUACCAACCCUAUCCUCAUUGGUGGUAAACUCCUCGACCACAGACUAGAAAGAAGCCGAAUCACCGAUGUUCCCACCGGUGAACGCAACUUCCACGCCCUUUACUAUCUACUCGCCGGAACGAGCCCGGCCGAAAAGACCCAUCUUGGUCUGGACGACUCCCCCGUUGUCGGCACCACACGUUGGAAGUAUCUUGGUCACCCAACCCAGCUCAAGGUUGGUAUCAAUGAUGCCGACGGCUUUCAGCUUUUCAAAAAUGCCCUCAAGAAGCUUGAGUUCCCUCGUAACGAUAUUGCCGAGAUCUGCCAAAUACUCGCUGCCAUUCUCCACAUUGGUCAGCUUGAAUUCGAAAACGCAAACGACACCAGCGCCACAGGCGGCGACAGCGGUGGCUUCUCCCACGAAGGUGCCAAUUCCUUCACCGGAGUCAAGAACAAGGAUGUCCUUGCUAUUGUUGCCGCUUUUCUGGGUGUCAAUUCCAAUGAUUUGCAAACCACUCUCGGCUACAAGACAAAAAUGAUUCAAAAGGAGCGAGUCACCGUCAUGCUUGACCCAGUUGGCGCUCGCGCUCAUGCGAAUGAGCUCGCCAGAACCCUCUAUGCUCUGCUUGUUGCCUGGAUCAUGGAAUCGGCCAAUCAGCGUCUGUGUGCUCCCGAGGAGUCCAUCGCCAACACAAUCUCCAUUGUAGACUUCCCCGGUUUCGUCCAGCAGGGCUCCACCAGAUCGGUUCUUGACCAGCUCCUCAACAACGCUGCCACUGAGGCUCUUUACAAUGUCACACUUCACAACUUCUUUGACCGCAAGGCCGAGAUGCUCGAGUCCGAGGAAGUCAGUGUUGCCCCUACAUCCUACUUUGACAACUCCGAUGCUGUCAAGGGUCUGCUCAAGCCUGGUAAUGGCCUGCUCAGCAUUCUCGAUGACCAAACCCGUCGUAACCGCACCGACAUGCAGCUUCUCGAGAGCUUCCGCAAGCGCUUCGAAGGCAAAAAUUCUGCUAUUGACAUUGGCUCCGCCACUGCCAAGUUGCCUGGGAGCAACUUCAUGACCGAGAAUACAGCCGCUACCUUCACCGUCAAGCACUUUGCUGGUGAAGUUGACUACCCUGUCAAGGGCCUUAUUGAAGAGAACGGCGAGCUCAUUUCCGGUGAUCUGCUCAACAUGAUCAACACAACCAAGAGCGAAUUCGUUGCCCGCCUUUUCGGCCAGGACGCUCUCCAAACUGUCACUCAUCCCAAUGAGAGAACGACCGUUAUGCAAGCCUCGGUCAGCUCCAAACCUACUCGUGCCCCCAGCGUCAUGUCCCGGAAGGGUACCAGAGCUCGGCCACCAACGGCUGGCCGCCGUCAAGAGCAGCAGGACGCUCUUGAUCGUCUCGAGCAGCUCGGCGAAUCCCGCGAAAAAGAUCAGCGUCGCGGCGCUACCACCACUGGGAUUGAACAGGGUGCUUCCGGCCAAUUCCUCUCAUCUCUGGAUAACGUCCAAAAAGCUGUCACCGACCCUGGUACCAACUGUUACUUUGUCUUUUGCUUGAAACCCAAUGACCGUCGCAUUGCCAACCAAUUUGACAGCAAGUGUGUCAGGACUCAGGUUCAGACUUUUGGUAUUGCCGAGAUCAGCCAGCGCCUGCGCUCCGCCGAUUUUAGUCUAUUCGUGCCAUUCGGCGAAUUUCUUGGUCUUGUCGAUUCAGAGACUAUUCUCGUUGGUAGCGAGCGUGAGCGCGCUGAGAUUGUCAUUGAAGAAAGGCGCUGGCCGGGCAAUGAAGUGCAGAUUGGCUCCACCGGUGUCUUCCUCAGCGAGCGAUGCUGGAUGGAGAUUGCUCAUCUGACCGCCAGCGGCUCUGCUCGGCCGGGCAUGGCCUCUGUUGAUGGCGAAAGUUAUGGUGUUCCCGAGCGCAAUCCCUUUAUUGCCUCCAAGGAGCAGCUCGUCUCUGGUGGCAACACUCCCCUCAUGUAUGCGGGCGAGAAGACCAAGAGCGGAUACUUUGCCGCAGGUGAUGAUGCUCGCUCCGAGGCCGGUGUCUCUGCCAUUGGUGGCGGUGACAUGUUCAAAAACUUUGACACUCGCGAGCAGAUGGCUGAACGAGGUAACGAAAAGGACCUAGUCGAAGUCGAAGAGUACAAGGACAGCCCGAGUCGCAAGCGAUGGGUCUUCCUCGUCUACUUGUUGACUUGGUUCGUCCCUGAUUUUCUCAUUCGCUGGAUCGGCCGUAUGCCCCGUAAAGAUGUACGUAUGGCCUGGCGUGAGAAGCUUGCCAUCAACUUUCUCAUUUGGCUCCUCUGCCUGGUUGCCGCUUUUUUCAUCGUCGUCUUUCCCCUUCUUAUUUGCCCCAAACAACAUGUGUACAGCCCAUCAGAAUUGUCUUCAUACAAUGGCAAGUCCGGAAGCAAGGGUGCCUUGGUCUCCAUUCGCGGAUACGUGUUCGAUUUGUCUGCCUAUGUUCCUCAACACUACCCGCCUUACCUCAACCCGAAGCUACUUACCAAUUAUGCUGGCUUAGACAUCAGCUCUCUCUUCCCUAUCCAAGUCAGCGCUCUCUGCCAGGGCAAAGACGGUGAUGUUGAUCCUCGAGUCACGCUCGACUACAAGAACAACAACUUUACUGGCAUCUCCCCUGCCCUUAUCAGCACCCAGGACCUCAACGCCAAAUAUCAUGACUUUCGCUACUAUACCAAUGAUACUCGUCCUGAUUGGUAUUUCGAACAAAUGACCAUGCUGCGUGCUCUUUUCAAGAAAGGCACUGUCGGUUACACGCCUCAAUACGUGAAGAAGCUCAACGAGAAGCAACAAAGAAUUGGUAUCAUAGACGGCCGCGUCUACGACCUCACCACCUACAUGGCUGGCGGUCGUCGACUACUGGCCAAGGCUGGCGAGUCGCUUCCCGAUGACGCAAGUCUCGCAAACUUCAUGAGUGACGACGUCGUUCAAAUGUUCCAGGUUCGUUCUGGCUCGGACAUGACAAAAUACUGGGACUCUUUGGCCAUGGAUGCCGCAAUGCGCUCAAGAAUGAAGACGUGUCUUGACAAUCUCUUCUAUGUCGGUGAUGUCGAUACCCGGAACUCAACCCGGUGCCAGCUGGCAACUUACUUGGUACUUGCCGUCACAAUUUUGCUGGUUUCCGUCAUCGCAUUCAAGUUCAUUGCUGCAUUGCAGUUUGGAGGCAAGAGCAUGCCUGAGAAUCUUGACAAAUUCGUCAUCUGCCAGAUCCCGGCCUACACCGAGGACGAAGACUCUCUUCGCCGUGCCAUUGAUUCGGCUGCUCGAAUGAAGUAUGAUGAUAAACGCAAACUCUUGGUUAUUGUUUGUGACGGUAUGAUUAUUGGCCAAGGAAACGAUCGUCCCACGCCUCGCAUCGUACUCGACAUUCUCGGAGUUGCCGACACCGUUGAUCCUGAGCCUCUAAGCUUCGAGUCUCUCGGUGAAGGUCUCAAGCAGCACAACAUGGGCAAGGUUUAUUCUGGUCUCUAUGAAGUCCAAGGUCACAUUGUUCCUUUCCUGGUGAUUGUCAAGGUUGGUAAGCCUUCCGAGGUUGGCCGUCCCGGCAACCGUGGCAAGCGUGAUUCCCAGAUGAUCGUCAUGCGCUUCCUGAACCGUGUUCACUACAAUCUUGCCAUGAGUCCCAUGGAACUUGAAAUGUACCACCAAAUUCGGAACAUCAUCGGUGUUAACCCCACCUUUUACGAAUUUAUGCUACAGAUUGAUGCCGAUACUGUCGUCGCCCCGGACUCUGCCAGCCGCAUGGUGUCUGCUUUCAUUGAUGACACGCGCUUGAUUGCGGUUUGCGGUGAGACUGCCCUUACCAAUUCCAAGUCUUCCUUCAUCACUAUGAUCCAGGUUUACGAGUACUACAUUUCGCACAACCUUUCCAAGGCAUUCGAGUCGCUCUUUGGUUCCGUCACCUGUUUACCUGGCUGUUUCUCCAUGUACCGAAUUCGUGCCGCGGAGACUGGCAAGCCUUUGUUCGUCAGCCGCGAGAUCGUGGAGGACUACUCCACCAUUCGUGUUGACACUCUGCAUAUGAAGAACUUGUUGCACCUUGGUGAAGAUCGUUACCUCACAACCUUGCUGCUCAAGUAUCACAACAAGUAUAAGACCAAGUAUAUCUUUACUGCUCACGCCUGGACUAUCGCGCCUGAUUCGUGGAAGGUCUUCCUUUCACAGCGUCGUCGUUGGAUCAACUCUACUGUCCACAACCUCGUUGAGCUGAUUCCCAUGGCGCAGCUCUGCGGUUUCUGCUGUUUCAGUAUGCGUUUUGUCGUUUUCAUCGACCUGCUCAGCACCAUCGUCCAACCCGUCACCCUCGCCUAUAUCGUCUACCUGAUUGUACUCGUCAUUGAAAACACCAGUGUCGUACCAGUGACGGCCUUUAUUCUUCUUGGUGUCAUUUAUGGUCUCCAGGCCAUCAUUUUCAUCUUGCGCCGCAAGUGGGAAAUGGUUGGUUGGAUGAUUUUGUAUAUCCUUGCCAUUCCUGUGUUCAGUUUUGGUCUUCCCCUGUACGCUUUCUGGAACAUGGAUGACUUUGCCUGGGGUAACACUCGUGUCGUGGCUGGUGAGAAGGGCAAGAAGGUCAUCGUUUCUGACGAGGGCAAGUUUGACCCCAGCACGAUUCCCCGCAAGAGGUGGGAGGACUACCAGGCCGAGCUCUGGGAGACUCAGACUUCUCGCGACGACACGCGCUCGGAAGUCUCGGGCUACAGCUAUGCCACCAAGGCCCACCCUCACGUUUCCGAGUAUGGCUUCCCUAGCCGCCCUGGUUCAACGACUGGUCUGGUACCGCAAAUGCCACACAUGUCCCAUGACCCUCGCAGCAUGUCUCGCAUGUCGUUUGCUCACUCUGAGAUGGGUGCCAACCGCAUGAGCUCAUACGGCGGCUCUCAAUUCUUUUCUCCGGAAGACAUGGUUGGCCUGCCUAGUGAUGACGCGCUGUUGGCUGAGAUUCGCGAGAUUCUCAAGACGGCCGAUCUGAUGACCGUUACCAAGAAGGGCAUCAAGCAGGAGCUCGAGCGACGUUUCGACGUACCUCUUGACGCCAAGAGACAAUACAUCAAUAGCGCCACCGAAGCACUGCUCUCUGGUCAGCUGUAA